AUGCCCGGGAAUCUAGGAGCUCAGGAUCUCUCGGAAGCCGCCCUGGGAGGCCACAUUCGCAUCCAUGAUGGCAACUUCGUCGACAGCCAUGGCCGCACUCUUACGCUGCGGGGCCUCAACGUUUCAGGGGCAAGCAAGCUGCCCACGACGCCUAAUGGACUGUCUCAUCUCACCGAUGGCUUCUACGAGCACCGCACCGUCACGUUCACCGGGAGGCCUUUCCCCAUAGACGAGGCGCCCCUUCACUUUCGUCGCCUGCAGGCUUGGGGCCUGCCAUUGAUUCGUCUCCUGGUCACCUGGGAGUCCAUUGGUCAUUCGGGGCCGGACCCCGCGACCGACCUGGACCUGGAGUAUAUCGCGUAUCUGCGUCAGCUUAUUGAGCUUAUGCCUCAGUAUGGCAUCAAGUGCUUCAUCUGCGCUCAUCAGGAUGUUUGGAGCCGAUUCAGCGGAGGCAGUGGGGCGCCAGGCUGGACCUUUGGAGCCGCCGGAUUCGACAUCGAGGCCUUCACCGAUACCGGUGCGGCGUACGUACAUGGGCCUGACGAGGAGAGGCGGGCAAGACUUCCUGUCAACGAUAAAGAGCCGAGCGGCCCCUUUGUAUGGCCCUCGGGCUACCAGAAGCUGGCGGCUUCCACCAUGGCCACCUUGUUCUGGGCCGGAGACGCCCUGGCACCGGAACUGAAGUGCCCGCGUGUUAGGGACGGCGUCUUUGAACGUGUCUCCAUACAGACAUAUCUCCAGGAUGCCAUGAUUGGGGCAUUCGGGAGACUGGCUGACGAGGUUGGAGGCCUUGAAGCCUGCAUUGGAUUUGAACCCAUCAACGAACCCCAUCGGGGGUUGAUUAAUCUGCACGGCUUCCAUCAAUGGAAUUACGAAACAGAUCUUCACAUAGGGCACUACCCAUCGUUUGCUCAGGCCCUAGCCCUGGGUAGCGGAUACGCCCAAACUGUCGACUUCUACGUCAAGUCCUGGCCUUUCCCAACCCGCGUCUCACAUCGGUCCCUGGUUGACCCCCAGGGGCGUUCGGCCUGGCUCUCCCAUUCAAGAGAAGUCUCGGUGUCUGAGCAGCAUGGGAUGGGCCAAUGUGUGUGGCGAGCUCACGGCGUCUGGGAUUGGGACGACAAAAAAAAGACCCCUGUCAUCCUGAAGCCCGACUAUUUUGACUGCGACCAUCGACCCGGACGAGAAGGCAAACAAAUCGAAUGGUAUCGGGAUUUCUAUGGUCCCUUUAUCGAGAAGUUUACGGACAGAGUAUCACGCAGUGAGGGGAACAACUUCACAUUCAUCGAACCCAUACCCAAUGAGUUUAUGCCGCCUUGGAAGACUGAGGAUGGCGAGACAAACGACUCUCCACUUGAGCAGAAAUAUUCUGCCCCGACAUACAUCGACAGCAAACGCCCGCAUAAUAUGGUAUAUGCGCCCCACUUCUACGACCUCAACGUCUUGUUCAGCAAGCACCAUUCCUGGAUGAGCGUUAAUGUUCAGGGACUUUCCCGGGGCAUGUUUAUCCUCAAAGCGCUGUACUUUGGCGUACGCGGUCUUCACAAGAACUACAAGAAGCAGAUUGGCAACAUCAUCGACUACGGACACAAGUCACUAGGCACCAACGUGCCCACCAUCAUCGGCGAAGUCGGUAUCUCGUACGAUAUAAACGGCAAUUUCGCGUUCUUGACAGGCUGCUACGAUGCCCAAAGACAGCUGAUGAAUGCGCUCAUCGACGCAAUGGAGAGCAACUUUACCGGAUUCACUCUGUGGAACUACAACCCCCACAACCGAGUCGAGUAUGGUGACGGGUGGAACAAGGAAGACUUCUCUGUCAUCAACGGCGACGAGAUCGACGAACAGGGUCCGAUCCUCCCAGACUACCGCAACCGGGAGCACGAAGACGACGAGCUCUACCGCGGCGGCCGCGUGCUAGAUGUCAUCAUACGCCCGUACGCGGUCAAGACAGCUGGCAAGCCCCUGAAGUCAGUCUGGGACUACCGCACUCUCCGGUACGACUUUGCGUGGCGGAGCGAGAGCAACGGCAAGGCUGCGACCGGGGGGAAGGCUCGUACGACGGAAAUAUUCAUCCCCAAGUAUCACUACUCCAAUUAUGAGUUGCGGGUCACGCUCAGCGAUGGCGAGUGGUCGUUCGACGCGGAUGCGCAGACCCUCCUUGUGCAGCACAACGUCCACGAGGGGACGGCUCAGCACACCAUCACUGUCGAAAUUGCCGAUGUUGACAAACAUUUACUGUCAAAGGUUAUGCAACGGCGCCAGACACAGGCGGCCAGGACAUUUCUGGAUAACCUACCACCUGCGGUCACUGUCACACUAGAAGGGUUCGACCACACUUUCGUAUUGGGGGCUUUGCUGGCUGUCGUUUUGGCAAUUUUCAUUUCGGUCAUUUUGAACAGAAAUACGACAUGGUGA